AUGCAACAGCAGAUGCAAGCACAACAGUUGCAAGCCCAGCAGAUGCAAGCCCAGCAGAUGCAAGUUCAGCAAAUGCAAGCCCAGCAGAUGCAAGCACAGCAGAUGCGGCAGGCGAAUCGUUUCAACUAUCAACUCCCCAGCCAAGUCAUGGGCCAUGGCCCCCUCAAGGUGCUACUCAACAACUUCCACCAAGGCCGCUUCAGGGUGCUACUCAUCAAAUAA